AUGACAUUCCGAGGACGUCCGAAACACGGGGACAUAAAUAGGACAUUUGAGGACACAAAUCGGACGUCCGAAGGACGUCCACGUGUUGUGUGGGCUUAUAUAACGACAAUCAAGGAGCGGGGAAGAGGUAACGGUUUUCUUGGGAAGAUCUUAAUUGAGAAACUGUUGCGUAGUUGCCCCGAUAUUUCUAUGAUGUACUUAUUAAUACGGUCAAAAAAAGGCAAGAGUCCCAAAAGCCGACUGGACGAAAUGUUUGAGAGCUCGCUUUAUGAUUGUGUAAAAAAGGAAGUACCAACUUUUCGCAAAAAAGUUGUGCCAAUCGUAGGCGAUCUCGAACUUGACGACUUAGGAUUGUCCGAAAACGAUAGAAACAUUCUAAUACGUAAAGUUUCCAUUAUUUUUCACGUUGCGGCAAAUGUACGCUUUUAUGAGAAACUCAAAUUUCAUAUAUUAGUAAAUGUUAGCGCUACCGAUACCGUUUUGCGCAUUGCUAAACUUAUGCCAAACUUAAAGGCAUUUAUUUAUGUAUCAACCAUAUAUGUGAAUUUCUGCGUGAAAAAUAUUGAAGAACGUGUUUACACACAUCCUAUUAAUUACAAAAAUAUAAUUACAUUUAUCUCAUCCGAAAACGCAAUAGAGAAGAAAUUCGCUAAAAUCAUUUCACAAUGGCCAAAUACAUAUACAUUCACGAAAGCAAUUGCAGAAGCGCAUCUCAAAGACGAAGGCGGAGAUUUGCCAAUAGGAAUAUUUCGGCCUGCCAUAAUUUCAUCCAGUGCUAGUGAACCGCUCGUCGGAUGGAAUGACAAUUUUUUUGGACCAGUAGGACUUACAGUCUCUAUAAUAAGCGGUAUCCAAAGAUUUAAACUAUGCAAUCCUGACGUCUCUUUAAAUUUUGUGCCCGUCGAUUUCACCGGAAACGCAUUAAUCGCGAGUGCAUGGGACGUCUUUAAUCAAUGGAGGAAAGGCAAAGACAUGCUAAUUUAUAAUUUCGUGCCGCCGGCGGACGCGCCAACUUUAGGUGAAUAUUUAUAUAAAAUCGUCAAUAUAAGUAAGACGUAUCCCUUAAGCGGAGCGCAAUGGUAUCCCUUUAUAAUAAUAUUACAACGAAAAAGUCUAUAUAAAAUUGGCACUUGGCUCGGUCAUUGGCUACCGGGCUUACUUGUUGACAUCGUGAGCAUUUGUAUGAAUCAUCGUCCGAGAAUGCGGAAAAUAUAUAGAAAAAUCGAUAAUAAUUCCUACGCACAGGCACCUUUUCUUAUGAAGCGGAAGAAUUAUUCACGUGAUAAUGUUGAAGUGAUAUGGAAUCGUCUCGAUGAGCGGGAUCAGCAGUUAUUUAAAUUCCAAAUGAAAAAAUUCGACUGGACAAAAUAUUUUGUCGAUUUUUACAAAGGCAUAUGCAUUUUUUUACUUAAUGAAGGUGACAGUGCUUUGGAAAUCGGUCGAAUCAGACAAAAAAGAUUUUACUGGAUACAUCAAACCUUCAAAGCUAUAUUUAUCUUUGCCAUCCUUUGGAUCAUCUGGAUAAUAUUUAUGAAAGUAUUUACAUAACUUUUAUGUGGGUUUCUAUAUAUAUUAUUAUUUAUAUUAUAUAUGUGUUUUAUUCGCUUAUCAAAAUGUUAUUAACAAGCAAAGGAAAAUAUUGAAGUACAAUUAUAACUCUACUAAAUAUAUAAAUUCUAUAUUAUAUAUAUUUAUUGGGAGGUAAAUGGUUAUAAGCAAUUGUGAAAAAGGUUUUCUUAUACGUAAAGGAAAAGAAUAAUAUUAAUUUUUUCGC